AUGGACCAGAAGAAGAGAUGUAAAACAGGAAACACAUCUGGUAAACAGAAGGCACAAGAAGAUGACAAAAAUCACAAAGUACUGAGGAUAAGGCAUAAAAAAUACAUGAAAAAAUUCAAGAUUCAGUGGCGGCUCACAGGACAAAUGGGCAGUUCAGUAAAAAUUGAAGUAGAAAUUGCAGGAAAACUAGUCACUAUGAUCAUAGAUGACACAGGUGCAACAAAAACAAUAGUAAAUGGCGCAACUUAG